AUGCCGGCACUAUCAGAAUACGAGAGACAGCGUCAAGAGAACAUCAAAAGGAAUCAAGAAUUACUCAAGUCGCUGGGGUUAGAUGGUCCCAUUAGCGCUCUCCUCGAGCCCAAGGCUCAAAAGACGAAGCCAGCUCCCAAGAAGAGUAAAAAGCGGAAAACAGAGGCCCAGGAGCUGGGCGACACCAGAAAUGGCGACGACACUGAGGAGCCUGCUUCAAAGGCUCAGCGAUCUGAGCAAGCCAAUGAUGUGUCAGAGGCACCAAUACCGGGACCGCGACGCAGCGCAAGAAAUGCGGGGAAGAAGAUUGACUACACCAAAGAGCUGAAGACCGCGCGGAACAUGCCCCUAACCACUAUCAAUGACUACGAUAAACAGGGAAGCGAUGAAAUUCCAAAGAAAGGAACGUUGGAUCCCUCCAGAUUUAAAAUCUUUGGACACAUUCCAGGAAUUGAGGUUGGAACUUGGUGGGCACAGAGGGCGCAAUGCAGUGCGGAUGGUGUUCAUGCCCCGUACGUUCAAGGCAUUUCGGGAGGAAAAAAUGGUGCAUAUUCGGUGGCUCUGAGUGGUGGAUACGAUGAUGACGUUGAUAUGGGUUACGCUUUCACAUACACUGGUUCUGGAGGUAGGGACUUGAAAGGCACCCCGUCGAACAGGAAAAAUCUGCGAACGGCACCCCAGAGUUCCGACCAAACUUUUGAAAACCUAGCCAACAAAGCCCUUUUGAAAUCGACCGAAACCAAGAAGCCCGUUCGAGUCAUCAGAGGCUACAAGGUGCCAUCGAAGUAUGCUCCAUACGAAGGUUAUCGAUACGACGGGCUAUAUACUGUCGAAAAGGCAUGGAUGGAAAGGGGGUUAUCCGGAUUCCUCGUCUGUAAAUACGCUUUCAAGCGCCUCCCCGGACAGCCUCCUCUUCCCGUUCGAGAGGAGACCGAAGAAGCCGCUAUCGUUGAGCAGGGCGGUGAAGGCAGCGUCAAUGAAUAUGAAGAAACCACCAGUGUCACAACCUGA